AUGGGCAGCUCAUGUCCAUCACCCUUAACUGGGCUGCUGCGACCUCUCACACUCGUUCUUCUACUCUGCAUAGCGCAACUUUCCACAGCCCUGAAAUUCGAUCUCCCUGCGAAUGUGAAUAACGAGAGAUGUAUACGGAACUUCGUGAGUAAGGAUCAGUUGGUUGUUGUGACAGCGAUUGUGGGUGGACAGAAGGGUGAUGGACAGGUUGUAAAUAUGCAUAUCAAAGACUCGAUGGGAAAUGAUUACGGCAGACCCAAAGACGUCGUUGGCGAGAAAAGGCAAGCCUUUACCUCCGGGGCGGAUACUGCAUUUGACGUGUGCUUUGAGAACAUUCCUGUUGGCCGAUCUUCUGGCCACCUUUCCCGCUCCGUCGAACUUGACAUUGACAUUGGAGCCGACGCACGCGAUUGGUCUGCCAUCCAGGUACAAGAGAAGCUGCGACCGGUCGAAGCUGAUCUGCGCCGUAUCGAAGCGAUGGUCGGUGAGAUUGUGACGGAGAUGGAAUACAUGCGGACUCGCGAGCAGAAAUUGAGAGAUACGAACGAGAGCACGAAUGAGCGGGUUAAAUGGUUUGCCUUUGGGACUAUAGGGAUGCUGAUAGGGUUAGGCGUAUGGCAGAUUAUUUAUCUGAGAGCCUAUUUCAGGUCGAAACAUCUUAUCUAA